GCCCCCGCGUCCGCCAUCUUGCGGCAUGGCAGCGCGGCUGCGGCCCGCCCGGCCCCAAGAUGGCCGCCCGCCCUUCACCGCCCGCUUCCGUCCCCGCUGAGGCCUGCGGCUCCCGGCGCGGCGCUCCCCUCGGCGGUCCCUCGGCGCUCUCUGGCUGCCGCCGCCUCCCAGCGCGGCCGGCGGGGCAUGGCGCUGCUUCGGUUCCUGCUGCUGCGGGGCCGCUGCGGCUGGCGGCCUAACCCCGCGGCGUGGGCCCGGCCUCGGCCCCGGGGCCCGCAGGGCUUUCUGUCACAAACAGCUUCCCCCACGUGUCAAGGUCUCGGCGGAGCCCUAGUGAAACAGCACGUCCUUCGAGAUCCAGCCAGGCUUUGGAAUCUCUUAGGUAGCACUUACUAUUUUACUACUUCAGGCUGUCAAAGGAGUAACCAUAAGAAUGGAGGAUUCAAAAAGAAAUCUCCAAAGGAAGAGGAGGAGGAAGAGAAACGCAGGAAAAGGGAAAAUCAGAUGCACCUUGAACGCUUGCGGGCACUCCUCAUCAUCACCUUAAUAGUGCUGCUGUUUCGAUUCACCGUCAGUGAGAACAGAGAAGGGACCAACAUCUCCUGGAAUUACUUCAUAAAUGAGAUGCUGUCAAAGGGGGAGGUCCAGAGAAUCGAAGUGGUUCCAGAGAGUGAUAUUGUGGAAAUCUAUCUGCACCCAGGAGGGACUCCGCAUGGCCAAGUUAACGUUACCCUGCUGUACACAAUGCGAGUGGCAAACAUUGACAAGUUCGAAGAGAAGCUGAGAGCUGCAGAGGACGAGCUGAAUAUUGAUGAGAGAGAGAGAAUCCCUGUUUCCUACAAACACCCCGGCUUUUACGGAAAUGAUGUCAUUUCCCUGCUAGUGACACUUGUGGCUGUGUCCAUGUUGUGGAGCAUCUUCCGCCUCAUAAGGGUUGCGGGCCGGGCAGGAGGAUUCAAUGCUUUUAACCAGCUGAAAAUGGCUCGUUUCACCAUUGUGGAUGGAAAAUCCGGGAAAGGGAUUGGCUUCAAGGAUGUAGCAGGAAUGCACGAGGCAAAAAUGGAAGUCAAAGAAUUUGUGGACUAUUUAAAGAAUCCUGAUCGCUACCUUCAGCUUGGUGCUAAAGUGCCCAAGGGUGCCCUGUUGCUUGGACCGCCAGGUUGCGGGAAGACCUUGCUGGCAAAGGCAGUGGCCACAGAAGCUCAGGUGCCUUUCUUGGCCAUGGCGGGCUCUGAAUUUGUGGAGGUGAUAGGAGGUCUUGGAGCUGCACGAGUUCGGAGCCUCUUCAGAGAAGCACAGGCUCGUGCACCCUGCAUUGUGUACAUUGAUGAAAUUGAUGCUGUGGGUAAGAAGCGCUCAACCAAUGUAUCUGGUUUUGCCAAUGCUGAGGAGGAGCAGACUUUAAAUCAGCUGCUGGUGGAAAUGGAUGGAAUGGGGACCACAGAUCAUGUCAUAGUGCUGGCUUCCACCAACCGUGCUGAUGUUUUGGAUAAUGCCUUGAUGAGACCUGGCAGGCUUGACAGACACAUCUUUAUUGAUCUUCCAACACUCCAGGAGAGAAGAGAGAUCUUUGAGCAGCACCUGAAGGGUCUCAAACUGAUCCAAGAUGCCAGCUUCUACUCGCAGCACCUUGCUGAGCUGACUCCAGGCUUCAGUGGAGCAGACAUAGCAAACAUAUGCAAUGAAGCUGCUCUCCAUGCUGCUAGAGAAGGUCACAAAUCCAUUGAUACUUUCAACUUUGAGUAUGCUGUGGAAAGAGUCAUUGCAGGCACUGCCAAAAGAAAUAAAAUCUUGUCACCUGAAGAGAGGAAGGUGGUGGCGUUUCACGAGUCGGGCCACGCGUUGGUUGGCUGGCUGCUGGAGCACACGGAGGCAGUGAUGAAGGUUUCCAUAGCCCCUCGAACAAAUGCAGCUCUUGGAUUUGCUCAGAUCCUUCCAAGAGAGCAGUACCUCUUCACCAAGGAGCAGCUGCUAGAGAGGAUGUGUAUGGCUCUUGGAGGGAGAGUGUCCGAAGCCAUCACCUUUAACAAAGUCACCACAGGAGCGCAGGAUGACCUGAAGAGGGUGACCAAGAUAGCCUACUCCAUGGUGAAGCAGUAUGGGAUGGUGCCCAGCAUUGGGCAGAUCUCCUUUCCAGAUGGGGAGAGUACAGUUGGAAUUGGCCGGCGCCCUUUCAGCCAGGGCCUUCAGCAGAUGAUGGACCACGAAGCAAAAGUGCUGGUGGCUCAGGCCUACAGACGGACAGAAAAACUCUUAUUGGACAACCGAGAUAAGCUGCAGACACUGUCUAAUGCCCUACUGGAGAAAGAAGUGAUAAAUUAUGAUGACAUUGAAGCUUUGAUUGGGCCUCCACCCUACGGGCCAAAGAAAAUGAUAGCUCCUCAGAGCUGGCUUCAAGCAGAGAGAGACAAGCAAGACACUAGAGAUGAAGAAAUGCCCCAGCAGCCACCAAACCAUGAGGAGGAGGAAGAACCACGCCUGAGGCCCGUGUGAAGCCCGCUCCUGAUAUGGAAUGGGAGGACUCUAGAAGCUUCUUUUGAACACAGACCCUUUCUCUUCUCAGCUCUGGAAUCAAAAAUAAAGAGCAGGGCAUCUCUGUGAUGCUAUCUCCCUGAAAUUAAAGGAAUGGCUACGUUUAGUCUUGUAACACAAGCUUUAACCUGCAGGGAGGAGGUUACGAUAUUGAAAUUGAUUCUCAGCAGGAUAUUAGUGAUUGAAUUGGGUAAGUCUAAUCUGCUGGAAAGAAUCUGUUUACAUGGGCAUGUAUGCCUUCUUAAAGGUGAAGGAUGGUAUGGAGUCCUUGUGUGCUACCUCCAGCUGUGUUGCGCGUGCAAGAGUGCACUGCUGUUCCCCUCAGCACCAGAAUGGUCAGCACAGUGAAAGGCAGCAAGACUCUGCUGAGUAUGGUGCUGUAGCUGUUAUGCAACUUUGGUCAUCUCUGUUGCUGAACAUAAAAUAGGAAAACAAACUUCACUAGAAUAAAUUAUCUUGAACGUGC